AAAAUCCUAUAAAAAGGUUUUAAACAAAGUUUUGCAUAAAAUUGUUUUAAUAUAUUAUUAAAUUUGUGCAUCCGCCAGUUCUAGAGCAACCGCAGCAGCUUAUCAUCUACUGCCUCUUUGAUUGAAAGGAGAAGGGAACCAAUUCAAUCUCUGACCGAAAGAGACUGCAAAGUGUCUCCUACCCCAGAUUUAGCUUGAAUUGGAAAGUCUAAUUUAGUCCAAUCCAAAUCGAAGUUACCAUUUUUUUAUGUCUCAACAAUGGUAGCAAUCCACUCUACCAUCAUCUUUUUCCCCAUCCUCCUUAUCUUCCUUGCAACUCUAUUGCAAUCAUCGUGUUCUUACGUCACAACUAGCAAAUACCCAUUACCGAUUCCUUCGCAUCGCGCCCUGUUUGCUGCACGUAGAGACCCCCGACAGCAGAUCCCUAAUUGCAGUGAGAUGGUGUCGGGACCUCUCUGUUCUCAAAACCCCAAUUGCCGGUGGUGUAAGAGUGACGCACUUGAUGACAUGUGCUUUAGCAAGGCUGAGGCUUGGAGGCUGCCUCAACAGGAAGGCAGUGUGAAACUGGUGGAGAGGAAAUAAGAAGAAUCAGUACACUCACAAGUUGUUGAGCUUACUGGUUUUUCAGAAGGCCAUUCAUUUUGGGGGUAUAAGAAAGAUGCAUAUAUUUAUGCUUUGGAACCCUUUUCUUGAGUCGGAAUUGAAAAUUCUGGAUGUUUUCAAUUCGCAAGUAUUCUGCAGACUGCACCCUUUUGAAUGUUUCUGCCUCAUCAUCGGUUUGGCGAACAAAUCAGGAUAAUUCUAAAUAUGAUCUUGCUGUUAUUUGAGAAUGGAAACAACUCAUUGCACACCAUUGGUAGGUAAAAACAAAAAUUGUUAAAAGGAAACAGUUUACUGAAAUUGGAAGUUGAUGCUCGACAAUCUCUUAAAUUACAGUAGUCCUAAGGACCUUCUGAUUGCCAAUAUGACUUGGUAAUAAACUAGUUGCAUCCUUUCUGAAAUGUAGUCAACGACUUUAGUACGUGAAAUAUACUAUUUCUCAUCAUGUACCAAAAUCAAUUUACUAAUGGUUAUGGCUUGGGAAAGUAUCCCAAAAAGUUCAAAAAAAUCUUGACUAUU